GUGAGCAGGGGGAGGAAAGCCAGGCAGGAAGACACUUCUGGAAUAGUUCAGGGCUGGACCCAGUCCCCCUGGAAGCGUUGUCUGGUGGUUAAGAACACGGGCUCUGAGGACAAGUCAAGACGUAGGUUCAGAUCCCUGCCUGGCUCUGUGACCCUGGGCAAGCUGCUGGCCCUCUCUGAACUGUGGGUCUGUCUCCUCAGCAGGAUAGUGCAACCCCAGACAACAGUUACUGGGCACCCCCUCCCCACCUGGCUCUAGGCUGAGCACUUUCCAUGCAUCAUCUCACUCAAUUCUCAUCCAACCCUGUGAGGUAGCAACAGUUCUUCCCUCUGCCCAGGUUCUGUCGUCAGCCACACUGUCAUCCUGGGGUCACAUCUCGCCCCUAAACACCCUGGACUCCACUGACUCCAUGUCAUUGGCCCCAACUGCUGCCCCGAGCCCAACUUGGUAGCUCAUGGCCCGCACCUCUCCACCAGGCCAUCCAAUGGGCAUCUCAACAUAAGUGGCACUUUUGAUUAUGACCCCAUCACCCACUGUCCCCAACCCAGCUUCCCUUAGCACCAGACCCUGAGCAUCUCCAUGAUCUCUUCUCCAACAUCUCCCACUUCUAAACCACAUUCUGAGUCUACCCACUUAUCGUCUCUGCAGCCUCCAUCACCUCUGCCCCAAACACUGAAACUGGAUGGUUCCCAGCUUCCACUCUUGCUCCCUGGAGCUGAUUCUCUAUGGGGCGGCCAGAGGGAUCUCCAAAAAUUGCAAAUCAGAUCAUUUCAUCCUUGCUCAGAAUCUCCCAAUGGCUCCUCGUCACACUUAGAAUGAAAACAAACUCCUCAGCAGGGCCUGAAAGUCCCCAUAGGCGGCCUCCUGACCGCAGCUCCAUAUACUACCCCUUCUCCAGCGGGUCCUUUUCAGUUCCCCAGGAACCCAAGCUUGUUCCCUCUAAGGCCUUUGCACUUGCUGUUCCUUGUGUAUAGCCCUCUUCCUUCUUGCCCUGCAGGAGUAAAUUCAGACAUCACUUUCUCCUGAAGGAGCCCCCACCCCACCCUGCUUCUUUUCAUCACUUUCCAGGGUUUCUUUAUAGCCCUACUGUCCCGUCCAAACUACCUAGUCAAACAUGUGUCCAUUUGCCUCAUACCCUCUUGAGUCUAAGGUGUUUGUGGCAGGGAAAUUGGUGGUCUCGUUUACUGCUGACAGUCAGACACCAGAACAGAGCUCAGAAAACACUGGAUGGAUAGAUGGAUGGAUGGAUGGAUGGAUGGAUGGAUGGAUGGAUGGAUGGAUGGGACAUGGAGAUAUUAAGGGACGUGCCUAAUCACAAAGCAGCAGCAGCAGCAGCAGGGCUGGACACUGGCCAGAACAAGUGGAUCCCAAUCCUUUGGACUUAAUCCUAGAGCUGUGUUGCCCUCACAGUAUUUGGUUAAGAGUGUGGCUGCCUGGGUUGGGAUCACUGCUCCACUAACUCACUGUGUGUCCUUCCUUGGGCGCUGUGUGUCCUUCCUUGGGCGAGGCAUUUCACCUCUGAGCCUCAGUUUCCUCAUCUGUAAAAUGAGGAUAUUAAUGAUUCUAACUCUAGUGAAUUAUUAUAAAUGAAAUAGUACAGGUAAAGCACUAGCGCAGGACCUGGCAGGAGUACUGCUAAUAACUGUAGCAGCUAUGGUUAGCAUCGCCUUCCAGCUCUGGGAGUCUAAAGAGAGUGGGGGCCAGCCUCUAGCCCCCCAACUUGCCUGCCUCCCCAAGCUGAGCAUUUGGGUGUGCCAGAAGCGUCCCCCCGCUAGUCAGACAGGUUUUGGAGAGGGCAGGCAGGAGCAUGGGGCCCCCGGGUGGAGCUGGCCAGGGUUAAUUAGAGGGAGCUGGCCGGGAGGAGCUGGAAGAGAGGGGCUGAGCAGAGGCUGGGCAGAAGCUGAACCUCCAGAGCCCCUGGGACAGGAGUGAGGCCAUGGGUCGAGGCUUAAAUUCUGCCAGACUCAGGCGCCAGAAACGGCGUCUGCGACCUCGGGUGCAGAAGUACAGGCAGCAGCCAGAGCGGCUGCAGCAGGAGAACCAUGAGCUCCGUCAGAGCCUAGCAGCACGGGGAGCCGAGUGGGAGGCCAGGGCUGUGGAGCUUGAGGGGGACAUGGAGGCCCUGAGGGCCCAGCUGGGGGAACAGCGCUCGGAGCAGCAGGACAGUGGGCGUGAGCGGGCGCGGGCCCUCUGUGAACUCAGUGAGCAGAACCUCCGGCUCAGCCAGCAACUGGCCCAGGCCUCCCAGAGUGAGCAGGAGCUUCGGAAGGAACUGGAUGGCUUUCGGGGGCAGUGCCAGGCUCAGGCCCUGGCUGGGGCAGAGCUGAGGACACAGCUGGAGAGUCUGCAGGGCGAGAACCAGAUGCUGCAGAGCCGCCGUCAGGACCUGGAAGCCCAGAUCCGAGGCCUGCGUGAGGAGGUGGAGAAGGGCCAGGGCAGGCUACAGGCAACCCAUGAGGAGCUGUUGCUACUGCGGCGUGAGAGACGGGAGCACAGCCUGGAGGUGACCCGUGGGGUUUGGCUGGAACGUGCGCGCUCCGAGGCCGGGGAGGCACUGAGCACGCUGCGGAGGCUGCAGAGGCGCGUCUCGGAGCUGGAGGAGGAGGCGCGCCUCCAGGACGCUGACAUGUCAGGAGCCUCGCUGCAGUCAGAACUUGCCCACAGCCUCGACAGCAACCAGCACCAGAACGGGGAUGGACACAGAGACGCCCUAACCCCGGAGACCCAAGAGGCAUCCAGUAACCAGGCUUCGCCCCAGGAGGACAGCUUGGAGCCUCCCAAGAAGCGAACAUCCCUAAGCCCAGGGGAGAUACUGGAGGAGAAGGAAGCAGAAGUGGCCCGGCUGCAGGAUGAGAUCAAGCUGCAGCAGGCAGAGCUACAGUCCCUGAGGGAGGAGCUGCAAAGACAGAAGGAGCUACGGGAGCAGACGGAUCCCGAGGCGGCCCUAAACAGCGCCUUCUCGGACAGGGAGGAGGCCGUGAACAAGGUUCUGGAACUGUCCCUAGAGCUCAGCCGCGUCUCUCUGGAACGGGACUCCCUUUCCCGGGAGCUGCUUCGCACCAUCCGCCAGAAGGUGGCGCUGACGCAGGAGCUGGAGGCCUGGCAGGACGACAUGCAAGUGGUGAUUGGACAGCAACUGCGCUCCCAACGCCAGAAAGAGCUGAGCUCUGCCGGAUCAGUUCCGCAUCGCCCCGCGCCCCGCUUCUCGUUACGCCGGGGCCCUGGGCCUGCCGGCGGCUUCUUCAGCAACCUCUUCCGAAGGACUUGAGGGACCGGCCGGGGGGCCCACCCUUGCUUUCUCUGGUUCACUUUCCCUUUCUGGCCAAUGGAGCGACUGACUGGGCCCUGGUUGUCUUCCAAAGGGGGCUGGGUGCCCUCCCAGCCUUGGGAGGCUGGGCAGGGGCUCACUGGGAACAGGGACCAGCUUUGGGGACCAGGGGCCCCAGGUGGGUGGCAGGGGCUGGUGGGGAAGAGCUAUCUAUUUUUUGAAUCUAUUAUAGGUCCUAUCUUUUCUAAGCACUAGGCCCCCUGGUCCUGGCAUGCUCCAGGUUGGGGGUAGGUAUUUAUGUAUCAAAAU